AUGGCGUUUCGUGGAAGUCAUGGUAGAAAAUUAGUGGAAAAUGGAAUUAAAAAGUGUCGAUAUUAUCGACACGACAAACAACGAAGUCAUCUCAGUUACUCGCAGACGAUAAAAAGGUUCAUUUGCGAUUACUGCGAGAACACAGGGUUGCAUGGGUUUCGAUACAUCGUUACGAGUAAGAGAAUGUUCGACAAAGUAAUUUGGUUUAUGAUCUGCAUGUCUGCGAUCGCCUUCUGCCUAAUGCUGAUGUUACGUCUGUGGCAGUACUUUUCGAAUAAUCCUACGGUGACCAUAAUUGACACGUCAAAUCCCAUAAAGGAAUUACCGUUCCCAGGUAUCACUAUAUGCAACAACAACAAAGUUUAUAAGCCCCAUGCUGAUAAGAUUGCACAGAAAUUGCAGAUGUAUGGAUUCGAUAACGACAUGAGCAACAAGCUGUUCUCUUCCCUGAUGAAACUGAUACGGCCAGAUAAAAUUGAGAUCGAUAACGCAACCGCGACCUGGGCUCUCGACAUCCUUGGAUACACCGUGGAGAGACUUAUGCUGGAGCUGAUGCACCCUUGCAACUUACUCUUAGUUAGAUGUUCCUGGUUGGGCCAACUUUACGAUUGCAAUAAAAUCUUCAAAACAGUGAAGUCGAACGAGGGUUUCUGCUGUGGUUUCAAUUACCAUUUUAUCGACGAUGAUAACGUGAAAUAUUCUUGGCUAAAUAUCACGAUGGACGGCAAUAGUUUAGGAGCAUCGAAUUCCUCCGAUCUUCUUCCAGGUGUCGAAGACAUUCUGCAAGUGCCAGGAACCGGUCGCGACGUAGGUCUGGCGGUGGCGCUGAAUAUCGAUGCGGACAAUUACAAAAGUUCUGUCAGGCAAUUUGUGGGUGCUACCAUUUUGAUACAUGAUCCCUUCGAUUACCCGGACGUCGGUGCACAAUCCGCAACUUUGCAACCGGGCCACGUAAUGACGAUGACGCUUGCUGGCACGAAAAUAGAAAGUUCCAAAGACAUUCAGAAUAUUCCACUACUUAAAAGGAUGUGCCUGUUCGACGGCGAGACACCUGGAGAAAGGAGGUAUAGUUAUCAAACAUGCAUUUCGGAAUGUAUACAGCAGAAAAUUUAUGGCUCCUGCGGUUGUUUGCCAUUUUUCUUUCCAGAUAAUCAUCCACAGGAGCGUACUUGUUACUUGACGGACGUGGAUUGCAUCUUGGCUCGUAGGAGAAGCCUAUCACAGGAACAGUUAUCGCAUAUCGACGAUUGCAAUUGCCUUCCACAAUGCAGCGAUAAGAGUUACGAGGUGGUUUCCGAAUCGGUACCAAUGGGCAAUGUAGGAUACGAUUCCGAAAUAACGCGUGGUCUAAACGUUAAGAAUACUUCGUUCAUGUACGCGUAUUUUCGAGAUGGCACGUACCUCGAGUACCGCAAACAAACUAUCUUAGGAUGGGACAGUCUUCUCGCUUCUUUUGGAGGAAUAUUCGGGCUCUGCUUGGGUGGAUCCGUAAUAAGUUUAGUCGAGUUCGUAUAUUAUCUGAUAUCAGACAUCAUUACUGUACGUAAUAGAAGAAGAGAAAAACUGGAUGAAAAUUUGCCACCUGCUUCGAAAUUAUUCAUUUCCAUGCCCUCGAGUAUAGACUUGAAGAAGUACAAUGUAUCGAACCUGAACAAACGCGUGCUACUUGAAUGGGAUCAACAGCUUUCUCAUCGAAGUCGAAAAAGUUCUUCUGAUUUUAGACACAUUAUGUACAACGAAUGA